AUGGCGUCGGUGGCAUCAUCGCCGAUUUCCUUCGCCGCCGCAUCUUUCCUCAGAAUCAAACCAUUCCCUCUCUCUCCUCGCUUCUUCCCAAUCCGUACACUCCGAUGCUCUUCUUCCUCUGAACCCAUCGAGUUCGACAUCUCCUUCGCUCCUCCCAAACCCACACUUCCUUCCAAUCCCCAGCAGCUUUACAUCCCUUGGAUCGUCCGUGGCGAUGACGGAAGCCUCAGUCUCCAAUCUCAACCUCCCGCGCGUUUAAUCCACGCUCUCGCCGAUGCCACCACUCAAAACCCUAAGAAGAAAGAGUCUCCCAAGAAGAAGAAACCACCACCGUCUGCUUCUUCCUCCGCCUCUCCGAGUUCUGAGCCAAAGCUAUCCAAAGCGGCGCGUAGGUUUUACAAUGAAAGAUUCAAAGAGCCUCCUCAACGUUUGAGCAAAGUUCUCGCUGCUGCUGGAGUGGCAUCGAGAAGAAGCUCUGAAGAGCUUGUAUUUGAUGGGAAGGUUACUGUCAAUGGUGUUCUCUGCAAAGUUCCACAGACUCGAGUUGAUCCAACGAGAGACAUUAUUUAUGUUAAUGGAAAUCGUGUUCCAAAGAAACUUCCUCCAAAGGUUUAUCUUGCUCUCAAUAAGCCAAAAGGAUACAUUUGUUCUUCCGGAGAGAAAGAGACCAAAUCUGUUAUUAGUUUGUUUGACGAGUACUUGUCCUCUUGGGAUAAAAGGAAUCCGGGGAUUCCCAAACCUCGUCUUUUUACUGUUGGUCGUCUUGACGUUGGCACAACGGGAUUAUUAGUUGUUACAAAUGAUGGAGAUUUCGCACAGAAACUUUCACACCCUUCAUCUAGUUUACCGAAAGAAUAUAUUACUACAGUUGUUGGUGACGUACACAAACGGCACUUAAUGGCCAUCAGCGAAGGGACAAUUGUGGAAGGAGUCCUCUGUGUCCCAGAUUCAGUUGAGUUGAUGCCAAAGCAGCAUGACAUACCAAGAGCACGGCUGCGUAUUGUGGUUCACGAAGGGAGGAACCACGAAGUCAGAGAAUUAGUGAAAAAUGCUGGGCUUGAGGUUCACUCAUUAAAGCGUGUGCGUAUAGGUGGAUUCAGGCUUCCUUCAGAUCUCGGGCUAGGGAAGCAUGUGGAACUGAAGCAGAGCGAGCUAAAGGCAUUGGGUUGGAAGAGUUGA